AUGCAGUCCAUCAGAGACUUGAAACCCAACUUCAACGGCCCUCCUCCCUCCUCCAUGGCUGCUGGCCCCGAUGCUUAUCUCCAGGGUAACAUCAGGAUGACUCUAGAGGACCCUGAACUCUGGAAGACCUUUCAUGAAAUAGGGACAGAGAUGAUCAUCACUAAACCUGGAAGGAGGAUGUUUCCACACUGUAAAGUGAAUCUCUCCGGCCUUAUUCCAUGUGCCAAGUACAUCUUACUGGUUGACAUGGUGCCUGAGGAUGGUUUCAGGUAUAAGUGGAAUAAAGAGAAAUGGGAGGUGGCAGGAAAAGCGGAGCCCCAGCCUCCCUGCAGGACCUACCUCCACCCCGACUCACCAGCCCCGGGGAGCCACUGGAUGAAGCAGUCUGUGUCCUUCCUCAAGCUCAAGCUCACCAACAAUACACUCGACCAGCACGGCCAUAUCAUAUUGCACUCUAUGCAUCGGUACCACCCGCGCUUCCACAUCGUCCAGGCAGACGACCUGUUCAGUGUCCGCUGGAGUGUUUUCCAGACUUUCACCUUCCCUGAGACUUCAUUCACAGCAGUCACCGCCUACCAGAACACCAAGAUUACAAAGCUGAAGAUCGACCAUAACCCAUUUGCAAAAGGUUUCCGGGAUGAAGGCACUAACAAAAAAAGGCGUGCAAACAAGAACCCAGCCUGCCUUGACAAGCGAGCAAAGAUGUCAGACAUCUUGAACAGGGACUCUGAGGAGGACAGUCCACCAGAUUUCUGUCAGUCAUCAUAUGAGGGUUACGAUGGAGAGGAGGGAGAGCUGCCCAAAAGGAAAGAGUCAGAUGCUGUCAAGGAGGAGCGUUACUCCCCGUGGACCACUGAGCGGGAGCACAGAGUGAGGACCGAAUCUCCUGCUGGGACAGAAGCAAGAGACAUGUACAACGCAGAGCAGCUUGUUCCUGCUCCAGCUUCCUACCAGCCCUACAGGUUCCAUGAGUAUGGAAAGUCUCCCUCUCCUUCCUCCAGCAUUGGCAGCAGCAACAGUGGUUCAGGACGCAGCAGCUUUGAGUCCAGAGUUCCCGAUGUCGCCACUGUCCCAGAUCAUGACUCUUCAAAGCCCCGUGCACAUGAUCUUGGUCCUUCCCCUUGUGGGCCCCAGCACCUCCCUGGCCCCCAGGACUACACUGGGGUCCUCAACAUGACCAUGGCCCAGGCCGGAAAGCCAGGGGUCAUCGGCCACCACAUCUACAGCCCCUACAGUGCCGAGCAGCCCCUGGGCCAGUGGAGCGGCCCCGGUCCCGCCCAGUAUCCCCCUCCUCACCACCUGACUGCUGACUACACCACGCAAGCUGUGCACCAUGGCUAUCACCAUGGCAACGUGGCUGAGUGGAGCCAGUACCCACUGUUCUCUUAUUCCUGCUGGUGA